UGUUUGCCCACGUGACCUCGACACCGCUCAGUCGCUCCUCCGCUUCCCGUUUCUUUGCCGCGGGUCAGGUCCCCAAACCGAAAUAAACACCCUCUUUCCUCUUCUAAGCCAAACCGACACAUUUUUUAAAAUAACGCCGGUGGCGUCCUGCGGCCCGCCGGCACGCGCUGCUCCCCCUCCCACCCGCUUCCUUCAACUCCUCCAUGCCGGACCUGGGGUAGAGCCACACGGCCACAGGGCCAGCGGCUCCCCGGCCAGGCCGCUCCGUUCCCCGGGGCCCGGCCACGGGGGAAGCAUGUGGGCCGAGCUCCGCUGUGAGUCGAUGCCACCGGGCCGGUCGGUGAGCUGCUAGGCUCGGUUGUCCCCGCCGCCGGAGUGUGUCCCGUCAGGAUGAACGGCACCCAGCAGAGCGACACCAAGAGGCAGCACCUCCUGGAGAGGCUGCUGGAUGCCGUCAAACAGUGUCAAAUCCGCUUCGGAGGAAGGAAGGAGAUUGCCACGGACUCAGACAGCAGGGUGAUCUGCCUGUGCGCCCAGUUCGAGGCGGUGCUGCAGCACGGCCUGAGGAAGAGCCGGGGCCUGGCCCUCACCGCCGCCGCUCUCAAGCACGCGGCGGGCUUCAACACCAAAGCCGAAGCAGAGUUGACUUUCUGGUUCCACGUGAAGGAGCAUCUGAAUCGCCACGAGCUGCAGCGCUUCUACUCCCUGCGCCACAUCUCGUCCGAGCUGGGCCGCGGCCGCGCCUGGCUGCGCUGCGCCCUCAACGAGCACUCGCUGGAGCGGUACCUGCACACGCUGCUGGCUGACCGCCUGCGCCUGGGAACUUACUACGAAGACUGGGCUUUUAUUCUGGAUGAGGAGAGGGCCAGCAUGCUCCCCACCAUGGCUGCAGGUCUGAACUCCAUCUUGUUCGCCAUCAACAUCGACAACACGGACCUGAACGGCGGGGCGACGCGGGGGGGCGGCGGCGGCGGCUCAUCGGUGUCCCACCUCCUCAAGGAGUCCACGCAGGGCAUCGGCAGCCUGUGGAAGGAGUCCACCCAGGGGGUCAGCAGCCUGCUGCGCGAGAUCGGCACCGCCACCUCCGUGGUGCCCGGCUUCACCCCCCGGGGGGGCGGAGCCUCGGACCCGCUGCCCGUGCUUCCUCGCAGCAGCUCCGCUGACUCCGGGCUGAGGAAGGAGCGCAGGAGGAAAAAGAAAAUCACCAACAUCAUCUCCUUUGACGACGACCUGGACGGAGGCGCUGAGGAUGAGGAGGAGGAGGAGGGAGAGGAGGAGGACGCCCAGAAGAAUGCGGCGAUGAGGAAGAGCCACGCGGCCCCCGCUCAGAGCAGCGGGGAGGAAGCGGUGGACUUCUCCGAGUCGCCCGCUCAGAACGGCUUGGCUGAGCCGGGCAUCAUCAGCUGGGUGGGGUCACCCCACCCUACUCGUACUCCACCUCCUACUACUCCUCCUUCUCCUCUGCCCGACAGGAAGAGUAUAGACAAUGAGGAGGAGGAGGAGGAGGAGGAGGAAGAGGAGAUGAUGUACAAACCCAGAGCACAAACCCAGGAGGAGGAGGAGGAGGAGGAGGAGGAGGAGAGAAGCAGCUCUGAUCAGGCGGCGGUGGUGGGAAGUCUGCCCACUGUGUCCACGUGGAGCCCCCUGCAGGCCAUGACCCAGUGCAGGAGCUCAGACAUCCUCAUUCCUCUGAACCCCGCGGACUCCCAGCCAGUGUGCUCCGUGGAGGACGCGGCUGCGUUUCCUGCUCCGAGGGAGUUGGCGGGACCGGUGGGAAACGGCGAGGGCGGCCGAUCGCUCCUCUCAUUCAGCAUGGAGUCCAGUCCACCGGCGCAGGCUGCUGCGCUCUCCAGGGUGCUGCCGACAUCGGGGCUGCCCGAGUCCAUGACAGUGGUGGAGUUGCGUCAGGCCAUCGUGGCCAUGAUGAACAGGAAGGACGAGCUGGAAGAGCAAAACACGUCUCUUCGCAGCCUGCUGGACGGGGAAAUGGAGCACUCGGCGAGCCUGAGGCAGGAAACCGAUUGGCUGAAGAGGAAGCUGGCGGAGCUGGAGGAGAGACACACAGCCAAGGUCCAGGCUCUGGCCAGGGAGAACGAGGUCCUGAAGGUCCAGUUGAAGAAGUACGUGGCGGCGGUGCAGAUGCUGAAGAGGGAGGGAGGCCAUGGCAAUGAUGCCAUGUCCAUGUUGCAGCCGAGCGAGGAGCAGGCCGCCGUCCCACAGAACAAGUUCAUGGGGGACAUCGAGGAGCUGGCUGCCAGCUACGAGCGGAAACUCAUAGAGGUGGCCGAGAUGCACGGUGAGUUGAUUGAGUUUAAUGAGCGCCUGUACCGCUCCCUCAUGGCCAAAGACCACCUCAUUGUCCAGAUGAGACAGGAACUCAUUGACCUGAGAGGCCCGGUUCCAGGUGAUUUAAGCCAGACGUCAGAGGACCCCAGCCUGUCAGAUUUUGAGACGGCUCAUCGCGCUCUCAUCAACGUGUGGAUCCCCUCCGUGUUCCUGCAGGGCAGAGCUUCCAACGCCUACCACGUCUACCAGGUGUACAUCCGUAUCCUGGACAACGAGUGGAACGUGUACAGACGUUACACCGAGUUCAGGGAGCUCCACAACCACCUGAGGACCCAGUUCCCACAGGUGGACACCUUCAACUUCCCCCCCAAGAAGGCCAUCGGGAACAAGGAUGCCAAGUUUGUGGAGGAGAGGAGGAAGCAGCUGCAGGGCUACCUUCGAACGGUGAUGAACAAACUGAUCCAGACGCUGCCGGAGUUCACCGCCCGGCCCAACAAGGAGAGCCUGCUGUCUCUGCUGCCUUUCUGUCUAGACUCGCCGCAGGCCAACGACGGUGGAUCCAAGACGCCGCGGUCCAAAACCUCCUCCCGCUUCCCGAGACUGGGCCGCAGCCGCAACCAGGAGGCCAGACCUGAACCCCAGAGUGGCGACCUUUAACCCUCCUCCAUCAGCAAAUGAUCUCUCGCUGUGCGUUCCCUAGAAACAUUGGGGGUGUCUAACGGACCGUCAGAGGCCAGCCGACGGGACGCGAUCCCAUCGCAGGACUCUCUCUGAGAAGUGUAAACCUGCCUGUGCACCACCUGGCCGAGCAAAGGACGAUGACCCCCCCCCCCCCGAAGCACCUCUGUACUGUGCACAGGAACGUGGCACAGUGAGCACGAUGAGGCGAUGGAGAGGUGUUAUUCCUCUAGUGGUGAAGGCGUUUCUUGGUCACCGUGCGUCAGUGUUAAGGAGCUGCUUGCCGGCUCGGGGAAAGUGUGGCUUUAAGUAUUAUGUUGGGAAAUUAAUUAUGCCUUUCAGCUUGUGUGUCAGUAUUAUAGUGCCAUUACAUCUUCAGGGACGAUAUGAUUCACCGUCUCCGGCGAGGAGCAUAAGGCGAUGGGUUUUACUUCUGUUCCAUUAUAUUAAUAAGGCUAAUGGAUAAUCUGCAGAAAAACAGGUCUUUGUGUCAUCGGGGAUCCAGUGGUUAUCAAAAGCAUCUUUUAAAUGACACACAAUGGUUCUCAUAAUGGAGGAUCUUCUCCACAGUACAUCCCACCUUCAUUUGGAAAAAAUUAAAUGCAACCUAGUUCAUCUAAAUUCUGUCAAUAAGUACUGGGAUAUUACAAUUUGCUUAACCUCCUUUCAACUAGAAAAAAUAAAUGUCGUUAAAAGUGGAAUUUACAAAUUCAACAAAAUUCUAGCCACUAUUUUUUAUUUAAAGUAAAGUGUUUUCCUGCAUUAAUUUGCACGUAAAUGUAUUCUUCCGAUUGUUAUUUUCAUAUAAUAAUACGCCAUAGUGAUAUUUUCAGUAUAAUGUUGAUUUUUCUCAUCUUUUGCUUUGUGAACAAAGGCAUCAACAAUUCGGAGGCUGCGUCGCAAGUGGCAAACUUUAUCACUCCUCUCAACCUCGACAAAGGCCGACCACGUGCACAACUUGUUUCAUUUUUGUAAUUAAACAAACCCUCUGUGUGUGAAGGCCUCAACAUAAUUAAAAGUGACAAAACUUUAGUUAAAUUAACAGUCAGCUUCAAAAACUGCAGGCUAAAGAGAAAACAUUUGAUCACCUGUUGAAGUCUAGUGGACCGAUGGGUAAAUUGAAACAGGUACAGAGGACUGUUGUCCCCCCAUGACCCACUCUGAACCCUUAAAGACAUUUCUCAUAGUUUUUGGACAGUCCCGUUUUGAGGAAGUUAAAAACAUAAAUACGUACAUUCUUUCGGAUUCCAAAGUUUCUCUCCACAUCUCUAAGCUGACUCCUGCUGUGAUUUACACAAUCAUUGUUUGUCAAAUAGUCUUGAGCACAAAGCAAGACUGAUGGAUAAGCUGUGUUUGUGUCAUCCCCACUAUGACUACAGGACACUAGAUCACAUGGAUAAGGGUCCUCAUCACAGGUCGGCUGCCUGUACAGACAUUGACUUUGCAAUGUUUAAAGAAUGUUUAACUAAUGUGUCUUAGCUGGAUUUAAAGAGGGGUAUUUUGGCGAAUAAAUGCUUUAAUGAGACUAAACACUUGAAGAAAAGCUGCUUGGAAAAGGGCUGCUGAGCAUCUAGUGUGUGUGAAACAGAAGCUCAUGCAUAUGUAUGACUCCCCCCAAGAGCAGUCAGAGACGUCGAGUAAACGAGGACCGAUCGCGUUAGAAGGUUGUCGGAUAACUGGAAUCAAAGGGUCGUCUGCGAGGGGGCGGGGCCUGUGACUGUCAAUGAAGGGGCGGGGCCUGUGACUGUCAAUGAAGUUGUUAUUCUCACAGGGGGAGCGGGACCCUCACAGGGAUCCGUCUGCAGGAGAACACGAGGACAUGUGGGGGACAUUCUCACAGGGUCACCGUCAACGAAGGAGACCGAGCAUAUAAACCUUUUUGAGAUGUUUUUUCUUUUCAAUUGGAGAAAAAAAAACUUUCACUGCUGUUGCUUUCUGUCAAGAACAUGUAAUCUGUGACAUUCUUUUUAUUAAAGACUCUUUUCUGCUGUGA